CUUUUAGUAGUUAACUGAAUUUCUGCUUAUUUAAAUCAACUUCAAAUAUUUGUAACUUAAUUUUUGGCAAAACAUUUUAUUUGUUUUGUUUGCAGCGCCCUCAUCAUUCGGUCCAAGAGUUCCGCUCGAAGUAAAUUGCUUGUUGGAAAUCUUGGCAGUUAAAUUUUCAAGGCAUCGUGCUGCAUUGUUGAUAAAUGACAACGUUAAAUAUAUGUGUAUAUGACACCAGUGUGCAUUUAAAGUUUUCGAAAAUAAGGUUUAAUAAUUAGUAGACACAUAAGAAAAGGAUCUUUGAAGAGGCUCUCGUGUAAACAUUUUAUUUGUGGGAUCAGCGAACGGAAAGCUAACAUUGGUCUGGCCUCUGCUUAACGGAGGUUGUGGCAGUAUAGGAGGCAUCAGCCUGUAGAAAGUUGUUUUAAAAGAAGACGUUAAAUUUAGGACACUCAAAGUGUAGUGUUAGAGUCAAGAUGGCAGCAACGAAGGUGGAUACUGUGAUGAAUCAUGCUAGUCUGGCCGUGGACCAUAAAGGGGAUGUUAAUGACCAGGGAUGGAAGAACAAAUUAAAAUUGCCUCCAAAAGACACCAGAGUAAAAACUUCUGAUGUAACAAAUACAAAAGGCAAUGAGUUUGAGGACUUCUGUUUGAAACGAGACCUGCUCAUGGGGAUCUUUGAGAAGGGGUGGGAGUCGCCUUCGCCCAUCCAGGAGGCAAGCAUCCCUAUAGCGCUGACUGGGCGCGACAUUCUGGCCCGUGCCAAGAAUGGUACGGGCAAGACAGGAGCCUAUGCAAUACCCAUCCUGGAGCGUAUCGACACAAAUAAAGAUGAAGUGCAAGCUAUGUGUAUUGUGCCGACAAGAGAGUUGGCCCUCCAAACUAGUCAGAUCCUAAUUGAGCUCUCCAAGCAUAUCGGGGCCAAGGUGAUGGUCACCACUGGUGGAACCAAUCUCAAGGACGACAUCAUGAGGCUCUAUGAACCAGUUCAUGCAAUUGUAGCCACACCAGGAAGAAUCUUGGAUCUAAUGAAUAAAAACCUAGUGAAAAUUGGCAAGUGCGGAAUCCUAGUUUUAGAUGAGGCUGACAAGCUCCUGUCUCAGGACUUCAAGGGCAUGUUGGACAGCAUCAUCAGCCAUCUCCCCAACGACAGGCAGAUCCUGCUGUACUCGGCCACCUUCCCUCUGUCUGUAGAACAGUUCAUGAAAAAGUACCUCCAAAAUCCAUACGAGAUUAACUUGAUGGAUGAGCUGACGUUGAAAGGAGUCACACAGUACUAUGCGUUUGUGCAAGAAAAACAGAAGGUCCAUUGUCUAAACACACUGUUCUCCAAGUUACAAAUCAACCAGUCCAUAAUCUUCUGCAACUCAACCCAGCGUGUGGAGCUACUGGCCAAAAAGAUCACGGAGCUGGGCUACUCAUGUUUCUAUAUUCAUGCCCGAAUGAACCAGCAGCACAGGAACCGUGUGUUUCACGACUUCAGGCAGGGCCUAUGCAGAAACCUAGUCUGCUCAGAUCUGUUCACGCGAGGUAUCGACAUCCAGGCAGUGAAUGUGGUGAUCAACUUUGACUUCCCGAAACACGCAGAGACCUACCUGCACAGGAUUGGUCGUUCAGGACGAUAUGGCCAUCUUGGUAUUGCCAUCAACCUCAUCACGUAUGAUGACAGGUUUUCACUGCACAAGAUUGAGAGCGAACUUGGAACAGAGAUCAAACCCAUUCCAAAGAACAUUGACAAGGCGCUCUACGUUGCGGAGUACCACACAGAACCCGAUCUUGAUGACCUCCCGGAAAAAACCAACGGAGCCAAGGCUUAAAAAUUCAAACAAUCAGUGGCCAAUAAAAGUUUAUCCUUUCCCGCUCAGAAAGAAAGUGAGAAUAGUUCUUUGCAACCAGCAUAAAACCAGAACAGACUGCAAGUGACUCGCAGUCGUUUAAGACUUUAUACCGUUUGCUGCUUAUCAGUAUCUACGGAUUGGAAAAAAGAGGCUUUAAAAACUUAAAUGUAGGAAGAAAGGUCUAACAUUUAUUUUGAUUUUCUGACAGACUACAGACACAUCAAAGCGCGUAUCUGAGAGGUAAAGGGUUAACCCUUUGCAUGCUGGGAAAUUUGUUAUCUGCUAAAAUGUCGUCUGGUAAAUUUCUAAAAUAAGCAUUUUCUUCGUUUUUUUUUUCAAACAAUACUAUCAGAAUAGCCAACAGUUUGGAUCCUGAUGAGACGCCACGUUCUGUGGCGUCUCAUCUGGAUCCAAAUUGUUUGCAAAGGCCUUUAAAAUUUGGUUGCAGCGCUGAAAGGGUUAACAGAAGCACUGGUGAUUCCUCUAAAUCUCGAUGUAACCAUUGUCACUCAGUUUAAUUUGGCAUUAGGACAUCAUAUUGUAUUUGUUUUUCUGAAGACAUUUUGCUGAUGUUAAAUACUUUUGUUCUGCGCACAAAAAGGCUUUUUGUACAAUAAAGUUUGUGAAUAGUUUAUUUCAACUUGAUACGGUUAAUGUUGUAUAAAAAAAGGCCAUCAAGAUAAUGAUGUAGACUUUUUUUAUCAGUAUGUUUAGUAGAUGUAAAAGUCAAGUGAAAACAUAAGGAUUUCAGGGGUCGAAAUAAUGUGAAAGAUUUUUGCGAACCAUUUCAUUGUGCUAUUAGUUGUGUGCUUUUGUGGUAUUUAAUUGUGUAUUGUGAUGGUUGAGUGACUGGGUUAAGAAAACUUGGAGUAUCUUCAGCAAAUGAAUAUUGAUAUUGAAGUCAUGGGUCCAAAUUGACAGAACUGUUAAAAUAAUUAAAAAGAUAUUUUCUAUUGGUAUUUCAUAAAAAUGAGAUAAAAAGAUUAAGAAUUUGGAGAGAAAAAGAGACUUGAUUUAUUGUUGUUCAUGUCCACAAGGCAGUGUAAAGUUUAAAAUGGUGAUAAGAUACUAAGAGUGUGUGUGUUUGUGUGUGUGUAUUUUUGAAUGAGUGCUGGUCAUUAACAGCGCUUUUGCUGCUCAAAACUUUCAUGGCCAAUUAUUGUUGGAUAAAGUUAUGUGAUUUUAUGGUUAACAUUAUAAUAAUUGAGUUAUUUGUAAACGCAUGUGUUUGCUUGAAUAAUUCGAAAAUGUUGAAUAUUAUUAUAACAUUUCCUUUAACCCUUUGCAUGCUGGGAAAUUUGUCGUCUGCUAAAAUUUCGUCUGCUGAAUUUCUAAAAUUAGCAUUUUCUUCGUUUUUUUCAAAGAAUACUAUCAGAAUAGCAAACAGUUUGGAUCCUGAUGAGACGCCACGUUCUGUGGCGUCUCAUCUGGAUCCAAACUGUUUGCAAAGGCCUUCAAAAUUCGGUUCCCGCACUGAAAGGGUUAAAUAAAUUGUAUUGGGGUAUGAAGUUUACAGACUGUUACCAUAAAUGGCUGUUAAAGUUUUGAGCAACCGGGCCUAGUUGUUCAUCAUUAUGUUUACAAUCUAUGUUUUACCUAUUUAUGAUUCCACAGUUAUUUGAAGAUUAUUAUUUUUUAAAGAAAAGUAUUGGGGGGGUUAUAGUUUAGUUAAAAAGUUGUUUUUCUAAAUGAUUUGAACAGAAGAUAACCUUUUGUUAAUAAUACUUUUAAAUCUACUUAUAGAAAUUAAGAAAUUUUUGUUCCGUUGUGAAUUGAAAAUGACCCUUCUUUGUAAUGUCCUUCUAUUUUAAUUGUUUUAAUAACAGAUAACAGUGAAACUGUUAAAAAUGAAAUUUUGCUUUAAAUUUGUGUUCAGUUAAAACAUAUUUUAAGAAAAUCUGUCAUCAUCCUCUGCUCAUGUUGUUGAGUUAAGGAUAUUGUUGUCAACGUUUAUUUGAUUUUAAAUGUUGUGCGGAUACCGUGUUGACAUUUCUACAUAAGCCAAACAUUCAUUAAAAAAUCAUUUUACUGAUCAGUCUAUUUGGAGAUUUAUUGACGAAUUUAUAAUAGAUUUAGUGCUAAUGUUUGAUAUUUGUGAAUCCAAGUUACGUCAUCCCAUAAAUCAUCCACAUGUAUUUCCUGAUCAAACUCUGUUGCAUACACAGGCAUGAAUUGUUUCAUGGAUUGACAGAUGUCAGACGUUAUCAAGAAUUGUACAUAUUGUAAAUUAUUAUAUUUUUGUAACAUAACAUGUUAAGUGGCAAGAAUUCUAUUGGCGCCGGUGUUUACACUUCUGUGCAUGUAUCGUGUAAAUAUUUGGGAUCUUGGGUCUGAUGUCUUAUUAAGACUAGACUGCAUAAUUGUUUGGAAAGUAAGACAGAGACAGUUUAAUAUAGAUAAAAGAAGAGACAAUUAAAAUAAUGCCAGUGUGUUUGGGAGUCACAAUCCAUUACUUGCCAAAAGAUCAUGUAACAAUUAAAUUGUUACUGGCCCAAACUAUUGGCAAAGUUUUGCUAGACUAGACUCAAAAUAGUUUUUCAUUGAUGAUUUCAUUGCAUUUUCUCUGCAUUACUUUUGAACAAAAAUUGAUGUUCAAAAUACGAACAACAUAAUCAGCUUCAUUGAGACACUUUUUACUUAAAUAAAAUUAUUUUAUAUAUUGGUAUGAAAUGUGUGAACAGAAAUGGAACAGUGAGUUGCAAUGUAUAAGACAAGUGGCACAUGCAUAGAAGAUUGUUAACAUUUAUGCAUCGAUAUGAAUGACAGUCAGUCAAUUCAGAUGAGACUAUUUAAUUUGCCAGUUGUUGUGUUCAUAUGUGAAUUACUUACUGUUUUGUCAUGGCAUGAACUGCUAACGACGUAGACAUUAUGGCGGUGUGCAAAGUGCUUCUGGAACUUAGGGCCUAUCGCCAGCACAUUUUGUUGGGCUAAAUAUUUGUAUAACUGACCAUGUUCUUGAGCCACUUGUGAGUGCAUUGGUUUACAAAGGCGCUACCUUUCAUUGGAAUAGCCUGAAAGUUUGUUUUCUAAGAAAAAAAGUGAUGGAGUAGAUUUGAAGUGAAAUGUUGAAAUGUGACUUAUUACUGAAGCUGUGAAGAAAUACUGAUGCAAAGUGCUUGAUGGUGAUGAAUUAAAAUGAUUAUCACUUCAGAUGAAAAGUUGAUGCGAAUGUGGAAAGGAACCGCAAAUAAAUAUAUGGUUGGACAAUAGUAGAGGAAAGUGGCAAUUUAUUCAGGUUUGUGGUCCAGUUAAAUUGCAAAUUAAAAAUUCCAGAAAAAUGACUGGUAAAAUGAAAAGGAAAUUUUGUCUCGUACAAUAGUUGCUUUAGGCAAAGGACAGUUUUCUUUAUAUAAACAACACACAGCUACCUUGUUGGUACAUACAUGUAGUGCAACAAACUUGUUGGUUUGGAAAUGGAUCGUAUUUGCUGGAUACAGCUGUGGAAAGGUGUUGGAAAAAGUGAGAAGAUUUCCACCCAAGAAUGAAUAAGAAUAUGUUUUUAAGUAAAACUAUCCAUAGAAAAAGGUGAAAAAUAAAACAUGACUACGCUACUUUGGGAUCUGCAAAAAGGUUUUAGUUUUUUUUUAUUGGCUGCUGUGGUUGGACAAUGUUGAGAUAAAAGUAUUUAGAAUGAUGGUGAAUUUAGCUUUUUCCGAUGAUCUCAUUUACUUUGUAUUGGUGUUAAAACUAUAUCAAGUAAGUCAUAUGUGUGUUGCUGGUAUUUAAUGUGUUAUACAACAAAUUGUCAUAAACAUCAGACAAGACAUGCAAUGGUAUACGCAUUUUCAUAUUACAGGUACUAAAAAAAGAUUCAUAUCUUCGUUUAAAGAGAUUGUCAUAGCCCUAUGGGCUUAAAUUAGGGUGUUGUAACAGAAGGGGCAUUUGUUAAACAUUUGUGUCCCUUUUGCUGCAUUUGGUGGUGUAAUUUUUGCCAAAUAUAAACUUUUGAAAUUUUGGUAAAAAUUAACAUUUGCCAAAAGUUUCAAUUAUGGCAACCUUGCAAAGUCAGGGCCAAGAUUUUUGAAACUUUUGUUGAAUGAUAGAUUGUUUUAAGUCUGUUCUGAAGCAUUUUCCAAAUUUGUUUUGGGGGAUUUUUAAGAACUCAUGUGUGUGUUUUUUUUUGCCUAGAAAAAAAGUGUUAUACAUUCUUAAAUUCAGGGAUUUUGGUCCAGGAAAAUGCUUUAGAACAGUCUUCAAUAAUGUUUUGAUUUGUAUCGUAUUUUGCUUUUGAUAUUGUGUUUCGUUAAGAUGAUUUGAAUCAAGGAAAGCAAUAUCAAAUGCAUAUGUGCGAGCAUUGUUUGAACUUGUAUCCUUAGUGGCAUGUGGUUCUAAAGGAGCAUUGGCGAAAUUGACUUAAUUGUAAAAAAGUAUAAAAAAAUCACAGAGUUUGUAUUCCAACUGAAUAUAUGUAGAAGAAAAAUAAAAAUGGAUAAAAAUAGAAACUGUAGAACAAUAAAGACAGUCAAGGCAGUUGUGUGCAAGGUGAAAUCACGUUGGAAAACAAACCCUGGUUUCUGUGCAAUGUUACCUAAAAUUCUGUUCAGUUGCUAUUGAUACGAGUUCAAACAAAACUCUGGACCAAAUAAGAUAUUCAGAAGGUCUGAUUGUGUUCAUUUGAAGCAGGUUUUAUUGCACUAGUAAUCCUGUAUGAGUGUUGAUUUUAAAGAACAUGUGUGCUUUCUUUCUUAGCUCAGUGUCGUGGUCGUUUUGGGUAUUACUUACAAAAAUGUUCAACAUAAUUUAAUGGUUAAGUGGAUGUCUGUCUUGGGAGAAUUACAGUUAUAUUUGUUUCAGUUUUCAUCUUUGGGUAGGAUUACAGCUUUGGUCGAUACAUUUACAAGAUCUUACUUAAUAAGUGGAAAAUCUGUGUUCAACAAUUUAGAGUGUUUACAUAAAAAUUACUCGUAACGAGCUGUAAACUAUUUUUGCAGAAUUGUGAAUCUUUUUAGUGUAAGUUUGAAUUGGCAAUAUAUUUUACUUAACCAUCAAAACAUGAAUAUAAUGUCGUCUGCAUUCUUGACACAUUCUGAUCUAAAUUAUACAUACCCCGAUAUACAGCAAUAGUCUUAAAAAUAGUGAAACAUGUGUUAACUCCAAUAUAUUUCAGAAGUUUUUGUAAGACAGCAUAUUCCAGUUGAAGUGUGGCGUAAGUUUGUUGUAAAGUCAAAGAUAGAAGCUGAUUGACUCGUGGAGCUACCUUUGUUUGUGUGAGGACAGGACCAACAUGUAUUGAAACCUGCUUCGAAAUGAUCGGACCUUCAUAUGGGUGGGUUUUUAGGGGGCAUGUUAGUACAUUUUCAAUGUUUCCUUUACGUUUCGGCUGAUAUAUUCUUAGUAUAUUGAAAAUGUAUUUUCUAAAGGACACGAAAAAUAUCAUUCUUUAUUUCACUGUCACACAUGAUUUGUAAUUCCUGUUAAUGUUACAUUUCGCAUGUAUUAUGAUGUUAUGUUAAUUUUAACAUGCGCAUAUUUCAACAAGAUCAACCCAAUUAUUAUAAUUUUCAGUGUGUAUUACCGACAAAAACAUGUAUGGAAAAAACAGUUGGAAAGAGAAACUUUUGUAGUAUAAUGGGGUAAUUUUAAAAUUGUAUAUGCGUUUAAAUAUAAUGAUGUUAGGUAAACAUCUUCAUGCAAACAGGAAAACAUGAAAAGAAAUUAAAACUUCAAACAUU